CAGAGGUGAAAUGGCGUCUUAUUGAUGCUGCGAAAUUUUCUCGCAAGAUUUAUGAUCUGACACUAUAAUAUAUCGUCAUUGUCCCAUGACGUGAAUGAAGAGCCAACUGCACCCAUACUACUGCACAAGCAAGAAUGGACAAAUCUCAUGUGCAAGCUGCUUACCUUCUAAGUGAUGGCAAUAUUGUGAGCAACGAUGACAUUGAAUUAAAUGUAACUCAAGUAUCUGCCACUGUUCCCUGCACCUCUUCUUCAGUCCCAUCAAUUACUGCAAGAACAUGUAAUGAAGAUGCCUGUGCACUGCCCUCCAUUACAAUUGAAGCUUUGACAAAUGAUUUUCUGUCACCUAAUCACACUUCUAUUGAUGAUGUCUGUCAGACAACAUCCAUCUCUGCUGAUGCUUCCUGGCCACAGGAAGACGAACUUUACAUGUUUGAAGCUUCGGAAGAAUGUGGGAGACUCUCUGACAGUGAUUCUACUUAUAGUCCUUCAAUGAACUCUUCUAAUAAAUUAAUGUUUAGGAAAAAUCUGAAGCACAUUUCUAAAUGUGUUACUCCAAUUAGGAGUCAGGAUCACAAAGAAAUAGUGUUGAUGUCUAGGAGUUCUAAUAAUAAUCCUGCAGAAACUUCUCAUCAGAUUCAACUUGUGCAUGAUGACGUCAAUGCUCUUCUACCAAUAACUUUGAAGCACCUACCAAGUACAAGAAAUUGUGGGAAUGAAACAAAAUUUUUGCCAUCUUUAUUAAAUAAAACUGUAAACUCCUCUAUUAAGGAUAGAAAUCAUCUCUCUUCAUUAUGUAGUUCAAAUGGCAGAAUUUCAUUGAAAAGAAAAAAUGAGUCCCUUACAAACGCAAGGAGUUCAGCCAUGCCUGCACCUCCUGGAACCACUUAUAAGAUAGCUCCUAAUGCCACUAUAAUUGAUCUCAAGAAAAUUAAUAGAGACAGAGACUGUAAGAAACCUAUUCAGCUAGACCAAGUUACUGUUACCAUUGAUGAUAAGGAUAAAGUCAAGGUAGUGGAUUUUGGGCACAAACAUGAAGACGCGGUGGAUUUUUAUGGGACAUCAAAAGCAUCUUGUAAAAUAUCUGAAAGUUCAUCAUCCAAACUCAAAAUAAAAAGAAUCAGAUUGAAUAAAAGAUCUUCAAAUCAAGGUUAUGUGGAAUUAGAUCCAGAUUCAAGUGCUGUUGACGGAGACUUGGAGGAAUCUGAAGAUCCAGAGAAUGGCAGAACUGAAUAUCUAUUCCGGCAGUUCGAGGAUGAAAGUUUACUGGUCACGAUGGAGAACAUGCGGCAACUGCGGGUCGAUUGCAAUGUUGCAUUGGUUGAUCCUAGCAAAGAAUAUAUUGUUUAUGCUCAUCGCUUGGUCCUCGUGGCUGCAAGUCCCUAUUUUUACAAGAACUUAUACAUGCGACGCAAGAAGCUCAAUUGUUUACAUCAGUUUGCCCGCUUCACUCUACCUCAGAGGCUCCAGCAUGAUGCUGUUGAGUCAGUCGUUUCCUAUAUGUAUACUGGCAAUGCCGAGAUUUUGCUGCAGUGCAACACAAGUGAAGUGUUGCGGGUUCUGCAUCUCUUUGAAAUGACGGCUGUUGCCGAGAGGCUCGCUGCUGACAUGAACACCAGACUACUGGUGCAACCACCAGAACCUCGGAUGCCUGAUAUUAAAUCAGAACCAAUUGAAAUAGAUUUAAAACCUCCAUCAUUGCCAGCUCCCACUGCCCAACGCAGGGAAGAAUCCUCCUCAACUUAUGACGACCGUCGCAGAAAACGAAAAGUGGAACCCCAGAAGACGAUGGCACCUGUGGGCAACGCUACCGUUCCUGUAGGGUUCAUGAUCAAUUCAGCUGGGGAAGAAGUCCGCAUGAAACCCAAUGUUGCAAAGCUUGUAGAAUCUACACUGACGCCUUUUCUCUGUAAACUCGAGGAGUUGUUUGAUCCCAGCUCCUCUACCAUGCAGGUAGCGCGCACUUCUCAACAUGUUAUUACAUUAUGGAACGCAGAACUUCUUCUUACGAAGCUCUUUGAUCAGAAUGAGCUAACCAAGUUUUUCACUGAUUUCAUGAAUGACGUGAUGGAGGGAGCGACGUAUCGCAAAGAAAGUGUGACCUCAAGCUAUGGUAAUUACAUCGUUGAAACGCUCAACGGCGUUUCGGGUUUGGAUGAGACAUACACUCAGGUUGGUGGUAGCGAUUCCGUUGUACCAGAAGCCGAAACUCUAACAGUGCGCGACAUGCAGAUAAUUAAUUACACACAAAUGGAUCCUAAGCAUAUUCCCUACUAUGUUAGGCUCAUAUCUCUGUAUAAAUUUCGGAUCAUUAUUGGGAAUGAGAAGUUCGAAAAUAAUCGAAAUAAGCUGGGUUUUCAUGAUAAUUCUUCUGAACAAUUUUCAGCUAUGAUUCAAGGCCUACAAGGAACAGAGUUAUCAUCUGAUUUGCCAGGGUGGGAUAAAAAGAAGGAUGAAAUAACACGUCACUGUUUCAAAAGAGUAAGUGAAGACCUUUCAAAAAGAACCAUUGCAGAUUUAGAUGCGAGUUUGAAUGGGAACUAUCAAGAAGAGAUGAUUAUGCAUAUUAUCGUUGAACAGAUGGAAACUGAUCGAUUGCUUCCAUUAUGCAUUGGUAUUUUCCUUGCUAAAGGUUGCUCGUUCUGUCGCAAGCGCGAGUGUUCUUCAGAAGACCUAACUACUCCAAUCGGCCCCAGCAACCCCGUUUGUCCUGACCGUCAGUGUAUCAAACGCAACCUCGUAUGUCAGCUAUGCAAUAAACAGAUGAAUAAUAGCAAAAGUUUGAUGAGGCAUAGAUACAGCGUCCAUGACGUCCAAUCCGGCGAGUCAGCAGGCCUUUUCAUCUGCAGUCAUUGCGGAGAAACCUUUGCAAAGAAAUGGAAACUAAAUGUCCAUGAGAAGCAACAUGAAGAUCGCAAGCUACAGAUUGCGUGCCAUCUUUGUAACAAAGUCAUGCGUGGUUCCAUAGCCCUGAAGAAACACAUAAACAUGGUACACGAGACCAAACGACAGUACAAGUGUGAACAUUGCUCUAAAAUGUUCAAGAGGAAAGAGACUUUGAUGGUUCAUGCUCGCAUUCACACCGGUGAGAAGCCCUUCGUUUGUUACCAUUGCGAUUACUCCUCAGAAACCAAAGGUAACCUCAAGGCGCACACUUGGCGCAAGCACAAGCGUGCCCUCAUCGCCACGUCUGUCGGGACUGACGGCAUCGAGACCUCCAUCACCGGGCCAUUAUCCUCUACCGACGGUAUAGUCGAGGAAACAAUUCUCAGUUAUGCUGAUGAUGGACAGAUGGGGGACGCGGCUGAUGGUGGCCAUACUGCUGUGUUCGAAGGUUCAGCUGCCGCUAAUGGAGUUAGCACGGCCGUUUUUCAAGGCCCUGCGGAAGGCCCAGGUACGGUCCUGGAAGGGCCGGUUUUUGAACUCGAUGGGCCCGUAGCGACGGACGGAGAUUCGACGUCACUUGUUGGUCAUUCGCAUUUACAGGGAAGCUCGUUUAUUCUCUCGUAGAAUUGUAUCCUGUAGAAUAAAAAAAGAUAUAUCAAUGCGUUGUUGAAUUGAAAGAGGAACUCGUCCCUUUUAAUUUGUUCUGAUACUCCAAGUUUAAGAGAAAUGUUCUUUCAUUAAGCAUAAAUAACGACAAUUGUAAAUUGUCCGCCUGUACUUACUUAGUAUUGCAAUGUAUUUUUUACUCGUUAAUAUGUUUAACGUUUUAAUUGUUACGGAGCGAAUGUGGAUUAUAUGUAUUAUCUUCCUGUGGAAGUACAAUCUGCUUAAUUUAAAAUAUUACUUUUAUGCAAUGAU